AUGUCAGCAAUGGCAUCCAACCCUCUUUCAAGAUAUCCUCCCUCCAACGAGGAAUUGAGACGGUUCUACAUUGGAAGAGACAUCGGCGACGUUCCGAAACCAGCAGUCGUGCUCGAUGUCGCAAUCAUCAAACGCCACUGUCAAACCAUGCUGCAGACAGUGAAGCAGCUGGGCGUAGCUUUCCGAGCCCAUAUCAAGACUCUCAAGACACCGCAAAUCGCCCGUCUGCAAGCCGGCACAGAGUCCAGCGACGCAAACUUCGUCGUCUCAACGGUCGCCGAGCUGGAGACUCAGCUCCCACUACUCCAGGAGCUCCAGGCCCAAAACCGCCGUGUUAACGUCCUCUACGGAAUCCCGCUCGCCCCGUCCCAGCAGCUAGAAACGAAUGCGCAGCGCUCGGAUAGUUCUGAAGUUGAGGACGAAUCCGCCAUCUCGGUGAUUGCGGAAGUGUGCAGUGUUUAUAACGAGGGGGAGCGGGAUAAGCCCGAGGCACUGGUGGCGGCGGGAACACUGGCUCAGGUAGGGAACCGUGCAAGUCUUACUCCGGCUGGGCGGUAG